UUUACAAUAUGAGCUAUGUUGUAUGUAUAAUGUAAUUGUAAGUUUACAAAGAUAUACGAAGUUAUCCCACCGCAUAUAGCAUAACAAAAUAGAUGAUGCGUGCUCAGCACGUGUUUGUAGAGCUUAUAAGAUUUUUUAUUAGCCAUUUUCGGAGAAAUGAAAGACAAGUUAGUGUGUAGCGAUUUCGCAGAGCGAACUGCAAGACGCUAAGCCAAAGGUGCAAGCGCGAGAGGACAAGUGGCGAGAUCGGUUGUAUAACCAAAUUUUAUGACAUAAAACCAUAAAUUGUAAGACUAUUUUAAAGCAGUUGUUACCUGCCAAUUUAAUCAUGGUCCCGUUUUUCCUUCGCCCUUCCUUGCAAGUAUUUAAAACUACUCGCUAUGCAGCUUUAAAGCAUUACUUUGGAAAUUGACAGAUUCGCAUUCUGGAAUAGUUUUACCGUCGAUGCAUGACCAAGGCCAAAAGUCUGUAGCCAAAAUGGCCCUCACACUGAACUCUCGGCCAACGACCGUGCUAAUCACAUUGGAAAAUCCAAAAGCGAAUACGGUUCUAAUUAUCAGAAUCUAAGUUAUUACAGUUGACCUCAUCCGAAAAGCGCGAAUGAGCAUUGACCACGGUCCAGGUCGGCAAUGAACCUCAAAGAAGUGGAAAUCACCACUGGCAUUGCACAUGACUAGGCGGACCAUCAACCAAUUUUAAGGUUAAUGACUGUGUUUACACAGAAUGAGUGUGAACCCCUGACGAAAAAAAGUAGUUGACCAAUUUAAAUUGAUAGCAAAACGGCUAUCAGAUGAGAUGUGGAAUGAGUAAUCGAAACGUUAGGCCAAUAAGGGCCAAAUAGUUCUGUUUUGUUUUGUUUUCUUGUUGUUAACUCACACUAAAUACAUACGUUUGCAGUGUGUUUAUAUUGGGAUUUCAAAAUAUUGCGUAUACGCCGACAGGGUCAUGCACGAACGAGCAAACCGAGGCGCCGCUGAUGUACGCCCGAUUAAGCUCCAUUAAAAAAGCGUUUUAUGCUUUCAAAUUGCACGCAUUCGGCGGGAAACUAUAUAAAACCAGUUAAUAUCGGGGUUUUUGCAUUCAGUCACCGUUCGAGGAUUACACACGCUAAACACGGCCAGCAAAAUCAUGUCAGUGAAACAGACGAGCAGCUCCUCAUGUUAUUGGUUUGGUUUAGUUCUGGUCGCGAUGAUCCUGCAGCCCUCGGCGAGCCAAUACUAUGGAUAUCCCUACUACGGCGGGGCUAAUGCGGGAGCAGGAGCGGGAUCGGGAUAUGGCAGCAUAUACGGCAGUGGCAUGUACGGAUACCCCUACAACUACGGCGGAUAUCCGUACUACUCGUACCCCGGCUAUAACCCGUACUCAAUGUACGGCGGAUACGGACAGUACGGGUAUCCCUAUGGGGGAUAUCCCUAUGGUGGGAACAACAUGAACGUGGCCUACGCCAGCAGCAGUGGAGGAUUCGCAACAGCAAGUGCGGGCGGAAGCGGAUACUACGGCUAAGAGGUUACCCACCUGUGAUAGUUAAGUGUACACGGUUAAGACAUCCUACUCCAUAAAUGUGUUAGUUUUAAUAAAAAUAUUUAUGUACUA